GUUGCGCUACCCUUUUCCGUUCUCUCGCUCUCCGCUCUGCCUGGCCUGGCUCCGGGAGCAGCAGUAGAAGGAAGCCUCUGCACCGGGUCCGGGCCCCGCUGCCGAUCGCUGCGCAGGUUUGGAACGCGCGCCAUUUUGUGAGCGAUAGAAAAUCUGCCCGGCCAGGAAACGCCGCGGAUCCGCCUGCCGGACCGGGCCGCCCUCCUCCCGCAAGAGGGAGGCGCGCUUUGGGCUCCGCUCCGGGGCCGAGGCUCGCUUUUGCUUCUUUCUGCACGGGCCCGAGCAUGGCGGGUUAAGUCUGCAAGCCGGCUGAGGAGACUGCGGAGAGGGAGACGUUACUGGGUUGGGCCGCUGGCUGAGGCGGGGAAUGAGCUGAGCCCACCCGCCUUUGCGCGAGUGCCGCUGCCGCCACCUCCCCGCAUCCUGAGAAAGGAGGCCUCUGUCAGGGCGACCGCGGCCCCCGGACUGGAACCAGAGGCGGCCACCGCCCCAAAAACGGGCCCAGUUUCUCUGACCCCCUCCCACCUUUGCACACCCCACCAAGCACAGCCACCGGCCUACCUGCCAGCAGCAGGAGACAACAGAAAUUCCCAACAAAAGCAACUGAUAGCCAGCUGUGAUUGAGCUCUGUUUGCAGCAGAAGUCAUAUUCUAGCAAGACAUUAGCUAUGUGCUAGAAGUUUUGCAGGUCAUUCCUUUUAAGGAUGACUCUCUCCUCUUUUUAAACUUUGUCACGGAGAUUUAGGCACCAGGAGCAAGCUUCAGGUCACGGUGGUGACCCAUUGCCAGUGUUUACUGGUGGCUUCUCCCCCCCCUGCCCCCCCCACACAGGAUGAUAUGAGAUCUGAAGGAAGACGAUGCAUACAGGAGGAGAGACUUCAGCAUGCAAACCUUCAUCUGUUCGGCUUGCACCAUCAUUUUCAUUCCAUGCUGCUGGCCUUCAGAUGGCUGGACAGAUGUCCCAUUCACAUCAGCAGUACAGUGAUCGUCGGCAGCAGAACAUAAAUGACCAACAAGUUUCUGCCUUGUCCUAUACUGACCAGAUUCAACAACCUCUUACCAACCAGAGGCGGAUGCCCCAAACGUUCCGUGAUCCAGCAACUGCUCCUUUGAGAAAACUGUCUGUGGAUUUGAUCAAAACAUACAAACAUAUUAAUGAGGUUUACUAUGCAAAGAAGAAAAGGCGACACCAGCAAGGUCAAGGAGAUGACUCUAGUCACAAAAAGGAGCGGAAGGUUUACAAUGAUGGAUAUGAUGAUGAUAACUAUGACUACAUUGUGAAAAAUGGAGAAAAGUGGAUGGAUCGUUAUGAAAUUGACUCUCUAAUUGGCAAAGGUUCAUUCGGACAGGUUGUAAAGGCAUAUGAUCGUGUGGAACAGGAGUGGGUGGCUAUUAAAAUUAUAAAGAACAAGAAAGCUUUCCUAAAUCAAGCCCAGAUUGAAGUGCGACUUCUUGAGCUUAUGAACAAACAUGACACAGAAAUGAAAUAUUAUAUAGUGCAUUUGAAGCGCCAUUUUAUGUUCCGAAACCAUCUCUGUUUAGUUUUCGAAAUGCUCUCCUACAACCUUUAUGACCUGUUGCGGAAUACAAACUUCAGAGGGGUUUCACUGAACCUGACGCGAAAAUUUGCACAACAGAUGUGCACUGCACUGCUUUUUCUUGCAACUCCUGAACUUAGCAUCAUUCACUGUGACCUAAAACCUGAGAACAUUCUCCUCUGUAAUCCCAAACGAAGUGCUAUCAAGAUAGUUGAUUUUGGCAGUUCUUGCCAACUUGGACAGAGGAUAUAUCAGUAUAUCCAGAGUCGUUUUUAUCGAUCACCAGAGGUGCUAUUGGGAAUGCCUUAUGAUCUUGCAAUUGAUAUGUGGUCCCUUGGUUGUAUCUUAGUAGAAAUGCACACUGGAGAACCCCUCUUCAGUGGAGCAAAUGAGGUGGAUCAAAUGAAUAAAAUAGUAGAAGUUUUAGGUGUCGCACCUGCACACAUUCUUGACCAAGCACCAAAAGCAAGAAAGUUCUUUGAGAAGUUGCCAGAUGGCACUUGGAACUUAAAGAAGACCAAAGAUGGGAAAAGGGAGUACAAACCACCUGGAACUCGUAAACUUCAUAAUAUUCUUGGAGUUGAAACAGGAGGACCAGGCGGGCGUCGUGCUGGGGAAUCAGGUCAUACUGUAGCUGACUACUUGAAGUUCAAAGACCUCAUUUUAAGGAUGCUUGACUAUGAUCCGAAAACCCGAAUUCAACCUUACUAUGCCCUGCAGCACAGUUUCUUUAAGAAAACAGCAGAUGAAGGUACAAACACAAGCAACAGUGUAUCUACAAGUCCUGCUAUGGAGCAGUCUCAAUCUUCAGGAACCACCUCUAGCACAUCUUCAAGCUCAGGUGGCUCUUCUGGGACAAGCAACAGUGGAAGAGCACGGUCAGAUCCUACACACCAGCAUCGACAUAGUGGUGGACACUUCACUGCUGCUGUGCAAGCUAUGGAUUGUGAAACACACAGUCCACAGGUCCGACAGCAGUUUCCUCCUCCUCUUGGUUGGACAGGCACUGAAGCUCCUACGCAAGUCACUGUUGAAACCCAUCCUGUUCAAGAAACCUCUUUCCACGUAACCCCUCAGCAACAGAAUGCAUUACACCAUCACCAUGGAAACACCUCCCACCACCACCAUCACCAUCACCACCACCAUCAUCAUCAUGGACAGCAGGCCUUGGGUAGCCGGACCAGGCCAAGGGUCUACAAUUCUCCAACAAAUAGCUCCUCCACCCAGGAUUCUAUGGAGGUGGGACAUAGUCACCACUCCAUGACAUCUCUGUCUUCCUCAACUACUUCUUCCUCCACAUCUUCCUCCUCAACUGGUAAUCAAGGCAAUCAAGCCUAUCAGAACCGCCCAGUGGCUGCUAAUACAUUGGACUUCGGUCAAAAUGGAGCUAUGGACGUCAAUUUAACAGUCUACUCUAAUCCACGCCAAGAAACUGGCAUAGCAGGACAUCCAACAUACCCGUUUUCUGCUAAUACAGGUCCUGCUCAUUACAUGACUGAAGGACAUCUUGCAAUGAGGCAGGGAAUUGAUAGAGAAGAGUCUCCCAUGACAGGAGUUUGUGUUCAGCAAAGUCCUGUAGCUAGCUCGUGACUAAAUUGAAACAAGUUUGUUUCUUGUGUGUUUUUAUAGAAGUGGUGUUUUUCCAAAAAAGUGCAAAGCUGCUUGAAUCAGAAGGAGAUAGACUUACUGAACCGCUACAGGAGGGCAAAGUUGACUAUUUUUUUAAACUUGAACAGAUUGCAGAGGGACAGUGAAGGUUUUAGAGCCAUGUCCAGACCUGUCCUACAUAGCUUUGAGGUGAUACCUCACCUCUUUUACCCCUAUUUUAAUUACCACAACGAAGUCAUAGUUUUUUUCUUCUCAUCCAACAGGAAUAAAUGUUCAAAUCUUGGUCUCAGUUGCAAACAGCUUUUUAAUGGGCCUUUAGAGUUUUUUUUUUAAAAGGGGGGAGGACAUAUUCUGGUUUCCCAAACACAAAUGAGCACAGAAAUGCAGUACUGUCAGGAAGAGGGACCUUCAGAUUACAAAAUAUAAUUUUCAGAUGUUACAAGGGACAGAUGUAAUGGUGUUCAUAAGGCAUGCUAAGUUGCGGUUAUCAGGACUCUCCUUAUCUGAACCUACCGAGAAUCAAAGCAGCAAUUAUAAUGGGAUUUUGUGUCUCUUGUAUUUGAGACCACAAUCAGCUAGUAUUGGAAUAUGACUGGUCUUGUAACUAAGGUGCACUGAGAAGCAAUCAACAGGUUGGUUUUGGCCAGUCCACGGGAAGUCGUAAGUGGUGGUCUUUGGGAUAACCUUUGGCCUUAUGGAUUUGGACUCUAAGUUAAAAGAGCCUACCAUUUCAGAUGCAAUCACUUUUGGACAUGUUUUUGCAGACAGUCCUUAAUGCUGAAAACACAGAGAAUGGGUAAUUCAAGAGGCCUUUCUUUUAAAGUAGACUUUUGUGACCCACUUAUUGUAAGGUAUUGCAAGGUCACUUUGCGUGUGUCAUAAAGUUGACUUCCUUAUUGGUUGAAGGUCACAGGAGUAGUAGUUUGCUUUUGAUGGAAAUAGCUACAACUGUGUCCCUUCCUGCUUUGUCCUUUUUUCUUUUCCCCCUUUUUCUUUAAUUCUUUCUUUUUCUUUCUUUUUUCUUUUGUUUUUUUCUGGGCACGUGGUUUCACCACCAUUACUUCUGCACAAAGAUGUCUUCUGUUCAUCCUGAACAUUUUUAAAAAUGCAGAAUUUUAUGUGACUGCUUUUUGCCUCACAAUUAUGCUGUGAAUUUUACAAAAAUUUAUUUUCUUUUUGAUAAUUUAUUGUACCAAAGCUGUUUUUAUAGCACAUAGAUGUCUGUAACCAAUAAUGUAGCAGUUCUGCACUUUGACACAAGGUGUAACUAGACCAUUUUUAAAUGUCAGUUGAAAAUUAUGGCUGUACUAUUGCUUAAACAAAACUGGAACUGUUGUUGAAUUCAUAGCCAAUACAUUUACAGCAGUCUGUGUACUGAACAUGAUAGAUUGACAUCUAAUUCAAGACUAUAACAUCUGUUACAUUAUAAAUGUGUUCAGGCUUUGGAAAGUAAAAGGGACACUAGAUCCAGAAGCUAUGAAACCAGCAGUUGAUUCUUGUAUUCCUUAUUAGCAUAAAUGUAAACUUGAAGACAAGAUCUUGAUUGCGGGAACAGGUCCAAAACACUAGUAUAAGUAAAGCAAAAGGCUCAUGUGACCUGAGGUUAGCAGGCUGUAUUUAACAGGUGCCUGCCUUAAUAUAACACAGCUUGGCAGUUGCUAUAUUUCUGGACCUGUUUAAUUUUUUUAAAUUAUGGAUAAAACAUAGUAAAUUCAAUUGAGGAAUGGGAUAAUGAAAUAAUUAUCUUUCCUUGAUUAAUGCUACUUUCCCUUAUGUGUUAACAAAAGCAGUUAUCUACCUCUGUCACUAAACUGGUUUUUAAAAAGGUCAUUCAACAGAAAACCAUGUACUUCAUACUGGUUAGUUCUAUGUGGCCAACUAGGUCAGUUCUGAACAAAAAGUGUUCUUUUUCACCAUUCUUCACAAUGGCAGCAGAGAAGCUGAAUAUAGUAUAAGUUGAAAGAAUACUUUGGGAAUUACAAAUUUUUGUAAAUCAACUUUUUUAAAAUCAAGGGAUCCAUAUUUCUUUUGUACUGAAAUAACAAGCCUGUGAAUGGAAGCAUUUUUGAGCUUCCAUAGUUCAGAAACAUUUGGUGAGUGAAAGGCUCUCAUCCUUGGAAUGGAACAAUGAGCGUAGCAAUACAAAAAGGAAUCCUGUACUUACUGCUGUCUAGGAAUAUAAGGGUAACAAAUAUGGAUAACUUGGUUCCCCCCACCGUGCUCGUUGCCACAGUUUAGCAAGCACCAAAAAUUAAAACUGUUUUUAAUUCUACAUCAUAAACUCCAACGCUUCUGCAUACUGUGUUAUGUUACAGUCCAGUUUUGUGUGCUUUACUACACAGUUUGGUUACAGGACUUCUGUGCAUUGUAAACAUAAACAGCAUGGAAAAGGUUAAAUACCUGUGUUCAGAUUGUAAGAUCUAGUCCGGACUUGCUGUGUAUAUUGUAACGUUAAAUGAAAAGACAAGCCCUUUGUAUUAUAGUCAUGCAGUCUUAUGUAUGAUAAACAGUUGAAUAAUU